AUGGCCGUUCACUCCAAAGAUGAGGCCUUAAUGUGUAAGGUCUUUCCAUCUAGCUUAGGCCCAGUGGCAAUGAGGUGGUUCAAUGGUUUAAAGGCGAACUCUAUUGACUUCUUUAAGAAACUCACUCGGGCCUUUGGUGCUCGCUUUAUCACUUGUAGCAGGGUUUCUUGGCCUUUGGGAUCCUUAUUAUCUAUGUCCAUGCGGGAGGGAGAGACUCUAAAGGCCUACUCAGAUAGAUACUGGGAGAUGUUUAACGAAAUAGAAGGAGAGUACGAUGAUGUGGCCAUUAGCACUUUUAAGGCUGGCCUUCCAACUGAGCAUGAUUUGAGAAAAUCUCUAACUGGUAAGCCUGUUACUAGUGUACGUCAACUAAUGGAUCGGAUUGACAAGUACAGUAGGGUAGAAGAAGACCAACUGCAGGGGAAAGGAAAGGCUAAAGUGAUCCUUCAGGAGAGGAGGGAUUUCAGGUUGGACUGGUACAAUAAUAACCAACCUCGGAAAGAUUUUGUUGGGCAGUCAGGAUCUGCCAACACCCAGGUGGUUAAUGUUGUGUUUUGA